GGCGCGCGCAGGGGAGGAGCCAAUAGGAGGCCGCGCAGCGCAGAUCCUGCUCAACAGCUUGUUAUUUGGGUGGUGAGCGAGCCAGAGAGGGAGAGCGCCAGCCCCUGCCAGCCCCUCGCUCUGCCCGCCGAGUCCGGGCUGCGGGGGGGCGGAGAAGAGGAGCGAGGCGGGGCGAAGCGGAACGGAACGUCCGCCGCCGUCGUUGUCGCCGCCGCCGCCGCUGCUGCCGCCGCCGUCUCCUCUUCCUCAGCCGCCGCCGUCAUCGUCGCCCUUUUCCUCGCUCCUGCUUCGCUCUGUGGGGCGGGCGGCGUACGCAGCCACCGGACCCGGGUCGUCCUCGGCCAUUUUUCUUCAGCUGUGGUAAAGAAAAAGCUUUUGAGCUGGCAUCCCUCAAAUAACCUUUAAAUAUGAAGGCAGCAGAUGAGCCUGCCUACCUGACAGUAGGAACAGAUGUCAGUGCCAAGUACAGGGGUGCCUUCUGUGAGGCAAAAAUCAAGACGGUCAAGAGGCUGGUAAAAGUCAAGGUGAGCUUAAAACAAGAUAAUUCAACACAGUUAGUGCAAGAUGACCAAGUGAAAGGACCAUUAAGGGUUGGUGCAAUUGUUGAAACCAAGAUGCCUGAUGGAUCCUUUCAAGAAGCAAUCAUCAGUAAACUGACUGACGCCAGCUGGUAUACUGUAGUCUUUGAUGACGGUGAUGAGAGGACACUGAGAAGGACGUCGUUGUGUUUGAAGGGAGAGAGGCACUUUGCGGAAAGUGAGACUCUUGACCAGCUGCCACUAACAAACCCAGAGCACUUUGGAACACCAGUGAUUGGGAAGAAAUCUAACAGAGGAAGGAGAUCCUCUCUCCCUGUUAAUGAAGAUGAAAAAGAGGAAGAAAGUAGCGAAGAGGAGGAUGACGAUAAGAGACGUCUUAACGAUGAAUUACUUGGCAAAGUUGUCAGCGUGACAUCCAGCUCUGAGAAGGCAGACUGGUAUCCAGCUUUGGUUUUAUCCCCCAGCUGCAGUGAUGACAUUUCGGUGAAAAAGGACCAGUGUUUAGUUCGAUCUUUUGCAGAUUCCAAAUUUUAUUCAAUAGCAAGAAAGGAUAUUGAGGAAUUGGACAUCCUAAACAUGACAAAAUCUGAGUUGUCUUCAAGAAAAGGGUUACAAGAAGCAAACUCCUUCUUCAGUCUGAAAGUAAUACCUGCAAACUGGAAGAUGGAUAUGCGUGAAAUCUUGGAGUCCUCCUCCAGUGAUGAAGAAGAUGGAGGAGAGGCAGGAAGUGAUGAAGAGGAAGACAAAGGAGAACUUAAGGAGGAAGAAGUAGUGCCUGAGGAAGAGCUUGAUCCUGAAGAGAGGGACAACUUCCUCCAACAGCUUUACAAGUUUAUGGAAGACAGAGGAACUCCUAUCAAUAAACCACCUGUUUUGGGCUACAAGGAUCUUAACCUCUUCAAACUUUUUAGACUGGUGUAUCAGCAGGGUGGGUGUGACAAUAUUGACAGUGGUGCUGUAUGGAAGCAAAUUUAUAUGGACCUUGGCAUUCCUAUUUUGAAUUCAGCUGCUUCCUACAAUGUAAAAACCGCUUAUAGAAAGUAUCUUUAUGGUUUUGAAGAAUACUGCCGCUCUGCAAACAUUCAGUUUAGGACCAUCCACCACAAUGAACCAAAAGUAAUAGAAGUAGUACAGAAGCAAGAACCACCAAUGGAGGAAAGCAUAAAAGAAGAGCCAGAGAUGUCUCCUGCAGAAGUUCAGAACGAUGUGGAAGAAAAUGAGUGUAGCAGUGAAAGCGAAAAAGAAGAAGUUGAGCAGAGGUCUCCGAGGGGACGAAGAAGACUUGCUCGUGAUGUUGCUGCCGUAAAAAAAGAAAGUGAAGAUGAUAAAAUGCAGGACAAACUAAAAGACAGUAACAAGGAGAAUAAAGACAUAGAGGAAAUGUCUAACAAUGCAGAGAAGAGGGAAAACGAGAUUCCGCUUGGAGGCAGAAAGACCACACCAAAGCAAAAGGAGAAGAAAGCAAAAAAGGAAGAGGAAUCUGACAGAGAGUCUGAUGAAGAAGAGGAGAGGAGGGAGGACCUUGAGCACAGAGGAGAAUCGGAAGGAGAGGAAGGUGAGGAAGACUCGGAGCCUUGUCUAACGGGGACCAAAGUGAAAGUAAAAUAUGGCCGUGGGAAAACACAGAAAAUCUAUGAAGCCAGUAUUAAAAGUACAGAAAAUGAUGAUGGAGAGGUCUUAUAUUUGGUACACUACUACGGCUGGAAUGUAAGAUAUGAUGAAUGGGUGAAAGCUGAUAGGAUUAUUUGGCCUGUAGAAAAGGGAGGAGCAAAGAAGAAGCAGAAGAAAAAAGCAAAAAGUAAAGAAGAUGGUGAAAAAGAUGAAAAGAAAGAGGAGGAGAAGCAAAAGGCAAAGCGUGGACGCCCUCCUCUGAAAUCCACUCUUCUGUCAAAUCUCUCGUGCAGUCUGUCCAAAACGCCAAACAGCGAAAGUAAAGCUGGAGCCCGAGGCGCACGCAGCAGCUUGCUGGAUUGUUCCCCCUUGCCUAAUGGAACUGAAGGAGCGCCCCGCAGGCAAACAAGACGCAGCUCAGGAAUGUUGGAUUCUGACAGAGGGUCAAAUGACUCUGACUCAUCUGACAGCGAUGCAGAUGAAGCUUCUGAAAAGAAUACAAAUGAAGAGCUUUCUCCAGCCAAUUUCGAACUCGAAAAAGAUGAGAAACUAACAGUUGAUAAACCUGAUGAGGAAAUCCCAAAGAUCUCGCAUGUGUUGAAAGAAAAUGACAGGAAUCAAGUCCACCCCUUAGAAACUUUGAAACUAGAAGUUGAAGAAAGUGAGCAAGUGGUUCAGAUUUUUGGAAACAAAAGUGACCAAGUGGAAGAAAUCAAGAGAGAGGUAGAAAAAUCGCCUAAAGGAAAAGGACGAAGGAGCAGAGCAAAAGAUUCUUCCUUAGAGAAUGUAAAAAUCACACUUCUAAGCCAAGAAGAGGCAACAAGUGAACCUCUUGCAGAAUCUGAACGAUUAGAGAAGCCUUCUUUGGAUGGUAAAGGUCUGAGCACCACUUCUGAGAAUGAAAUGGACUCCAGUGCAAAAGAGAAGACACUUUUGAAAAGGAGAACAGUAGAGUAUCCAUCGCCUGACAAAAGGGUGCGACUAGAGAAUGAGAUAGAUGUGCCAAAUAUUGUGUCUGAUGGGAGGGCAAGCAAAACUUCUGGGACAGAGGAAUGUAAGGAUUUCAGUGCUGAUGACUCCCUCAGAAACGAAAAUGAAGAAAUGCCGUCCUUGGUGGCAGAAUCAGAUCAGCGCCUCCAUGUUCGGGGAGGUGAGCACUUUGAAAGUUCUUUGGAGGAAAACCACAGCACCCCUUUGAAGGACGAAGAUGAUUCAAUGCCUCAGAUUGGGCCUGAAACCCUCUUGUGCCAUGAAGUGGACUUGGACGACAUUGAUGAAAAAGACAAAAGCAGUCCUGAAAACUCAGUAGCAGAAAAACCAGGCCCCAGCACUCCCACUUCAAACCCACCUGCCUUACCUCCUGUGGCCCAGCCGAACUUUUCUGUAGCCUCACCUCUGGCCCUCAGUCAGGACGAAUCACAGAGCAUAAAGAGUGAAAGUGAUAUCACUAUUGAAGUGGACAGUGUGGCUGAAGAGUCUCAGGAAGGUCUCUGUGAGAGCGAAUCUGCCAAUGGCUUCGAGGCUUGCACCACUUCCAGCAACUGUAGCACAGCAGUUCCAGAAAGAGAGAUGGGAGAGAAGGGUCAAAAAAGGCCUGGCGAUAACAGUAGCAGCUCACUGGCAAAGAAGCAAAAGCGUACCCCAAAGCGAGCAAAUACAGUAGCCAAAAAUGAGAAGAAUGGGACAGGACAAAGCAGUGACAGCGAAGAUCUUCCUGCCCUAGAUGCCUCAAGCAAAUGUACUCCAGCAAAACAUGUGGGUGUGUCCAAGCCACAGAAGCUCACUCGAUCACCUGCUAGAGUGAUAUCCCCUCAUAUCAAAGAUGGGGAGAAGGACAAGCAGAGAGAGAAGAACCAUCAGAAUGUUUCUCCCAGAGUAUAUAAAUGGAGCUUCCAGCUGAAUGAAUUGGACAACAUGAACAGCACUGAGAGAAUAUCCUUUCUGCAAGAAAAACUGCAGGAAAUCAGAAAAUAUUACAUGUCUCUGAAGUCUGAAGUAGCCACCAUAGACAGGAGAAGAAAGCGAUUGCGAAAGAAAGACAGAGAAGUGUCUCACACAGGAGCUUCCAUGUCCUCUGCUUCCUCAGACACGGGAAUGAGCCCCUCCUCGUCCUCUCCUCCACAGAAUGUGCUUGCUGUUGAAUGCAGGUGAUACCCGUGGUCUCUGCCUUGUGCAGCGAGUUGCUGUCAUGGACAGAAAUCUUGAAAUACCAUAGAAAGCACUCAACUGGUUUGAAAUUGCCAAGUAUAUUCUGUAUACUCUUCCACUGCUGGACUGUGUCUCUCUUCUCCUCUUCGCACCCCUCUCUCCUUCUUGUCAUUGUGAAUUUUUUUAACUCUUACUGUGGAGAUGAAUUAAGCUAAUUGGCAAUUGAAGGUUAUAGGUGCACUUGGACAUCUCCGUCUUUGUGCACGCGCGCUCUCUCUCUCUCUCUCUCUCUUUUGCUACAACAGAAAAAGGGCACUUAAUCACAUUGGGGGAGGGGGGAAUGAUGUCCAAUGAAGCAUUUGGGUGUUGAAAGGAAAUGGCUUUUAAGGAAAAAGAAAAAAAAGACAAGUGCACCAAACAAGCAUCAAAACAGGUUCAAUCAGAAAAUGAGUUAUUGCUGCACUUUUUUCACCAAGCUGUAUCUUAAUCCUGGGUGAAAGUCCCAUUCUUCUUUUAUUUUACUUGUUCUUUUUUUGAAAAGCACUUGCUAUACAGACUUGCCAAAGUGUGUAUUCAGCAACGUGCCCAGUUUUAAAGAUGUAAAUUGGACAAAAUAAAUUGUGAAAGGAAGUGUAGUUGGCUGGAAACUACCAAUGUAAUGAGUCUUCCACUUUUUAUAGGAUUUUUGAGCACACGAUUAUGCAAAUAUUUUAAUGUUUAAUGUUUACAGUGGAAUUGUGAAUAGGUUUUCAGUGGACUAUCUUAUCCCUUGACAAAAGUAUUUUGUCUUUUUUUCUAUGUAAUUUCAGAGUUUUUAUUUUGUUACAAAAAGGCAAAAAAAUAAAAUAUAUAACAAUGAAGUUAUUUAACAAGAUUUCUAAAGCUGAAUUUUUUUGUGUAAAAUAAGGUAUCUUGCAACUUGUUAAAUAUAUUUAUUCAGACAUUGGAUGUUGUAUUUUUAUGUAUUUUUUAAAAAAAUAAAAUUGGGGAGAAAAAGUCUAGGUUAGGUUCACUCUUUCAAUAAAAUAUAUAUCUGUCACUUAUGAAAACCCUUUUACAGGUGGCUUUGUCUUAGCCAUACCUGUAUGUUAAGUGGUUUUGUCUGUUCAACCUUCCACAGUGUAAAACUGUAAUCUGGCAUCUGGAUUAAACUAUAACCUGUCUUGAAAAAACUUUGGCAGUCCUAGUACUUCUGUUGCUUUGAGGAACAAAUAUUUUUGGGUUGCCGUUAAGAUGCUUUUGUCAGUUUUCAUUUGCUGUACUGCUGAAAUGAGUUUUAUAUCUGCCAAAGUUGAGAUGUAUCAUCAAGAAGAGUUAAAAUGACUGCUUUGGCUGUGGAUUGUCCCACAGACUGAAAACAGUUUGUAAAUAACUUUCCCAAAACCAUGUAUUUAAGACAGUUUGCAUAUACAUUGUGUAUAAAAAGUGAUUUUUUAAAAUCAAUUUUUUGAAUUCACCUUUGUACAUUGAAAAGGGGUUUUCACCUCUCUUUCCAUGUUAAUAUGCGGUAGAGUUAUAACAUAGAUUCUCUAGACUGUCAAGAUAUUAAAGGUUCACAAACUGAAGGUCUUGAGUAAGAGACUCUAGUGAAAGGGGUUGCAUAGCUAGAACCCGAUGUCUCUUGCCAUUUCAUUUUGCCACAUUGUCAACUUGUGAUUCCAAUUCCUUCCAUUUUCAUAGAGAACGAAAAGGAAAAAGUACUCUUGUAAAAAUGCACUUUUUCUGUCUUUUUCUUAAGCAGAGCUAUUUCAUUGUAUGAUACAAAUGAAGCUCCAUGGAGAGCAUUAAUAAAGGUUAUGUUUUUAAACAUAA